UUCUAAAACAUGAUCCCUUCGUGUACAGCAAAUGCGUCUACAUUCCAGCUCUGUGGGUGGAUAUCACUUCUAGUUCUUGGUAAGGACUUCCAACACUUUAUUGAGAAGGUUCCAUUUGAUGUUAACGAAAGUCCUUUAUGAAAAGGGCUACUUUCUUUUUUUUCACACGGUACCGGUACUACUUUUCUUUAGAAAAUAAGAUAACGCUGCAAUAAAUUAUAAAUAGCGAGUUUCCUUGCCAGACAAAUUUUAAAGAGUCUGUCAAAAAACGUACCGGUACCGCUAAAACUUUUCUUUAGAAAAAAAGAUAAUGCUGCAAUAAAUUAUAAAUAGCGAGUUUCCUUGCCAGACAAAUUUUAAAGAGUCUGUCAAAAAACUUAACCGGUAUCAAUUUAUGUGCGCUGUUGGGCCCUCUGUGGCGGCCCCUCUGGGAAUAGCUCGCAGUGAAUCAGCCAACCUCCGAGGACAGUACUUGGUACGUCACUGGUUGGAAGGGAAUCUUACACCAGUUAACAUGUGACCUACCUAUCAUCUGCAAGGCUAGGACAAGUUCGCGAGGUUUCCAUAUCACUCCUGGACUCACAGGGUUAUUUUUAAAAUGUGCAUAUCAUGCGUGCCAAUAAAGUCCGGUGAAUCGAACAUGCCACUAAAUUAACAUUUGAAUUUAAAAUAGCAAUGUCAUAAUUCUAUUAUCACUGGUUCACAGUAUGUCUUCCCGGGGUUGAGGCAGCGCCAUCUUCAGGCACACGCCAUCAUUUACAGAAGCGCCACAUAUUGCAGAUGUGUGAGCUGAUCUCUACCCACACAAAUAGGGGAUGUUUAGACUACAAUAAUUACGGAUGCUUCUGCGGGUUGGGGAAUUCGGCUGGACACCCGGUGGAUCGAGUGGAUCAGUGAGUCUUAGAUUAACUCUAAUCCACCCGGCGGAUCGAACAGAUCAAUGAGUGUUAUGUUUAACUGAAAUCUAACCUCUUUAUUGUAGUGCAGGACAGAUACAUUUGAUGUUUAUACUGGUGCACUAGUCAGUGUUUUACAGCACAGCAGAUCUCAAGGGUCGAAAUACCGAUACCUUUGUGUUUUAAUCAUACUGUAAUUUUUGCUUGUGUUAUUGAAAAAAAAAACCUGCUCAUUGAAUUAGAAAUUAUGAACUAUAGAUUUUAAAAAAAUGAGCAUGACAUUCUUUAACGUGAUUUUUUUUUUUUUUUUAAAAAAAUACCGAUACCUUUGUGUUUUAAUCAUACUGUAAUUUUUGCUUGUGUUAUUGAAAAAAAAAAACCUGCUCAUUAAAUUAGAAAUUAUGAACUAUAGAUUUUAAAAAAAUGAGCAUGACAUUCUUUAACGUGAUUUUUUUUUUUUUUUAAAAGUGGGGGGAGGGUAAAUAAUGACUGUGCCGUACUUAAUGUAAGAAUUACCGUACUACUACAAGUAAAAGGCCAUAACAUCUCAAAAUACCACGCAUUCUUUUCGACGCAUGAUUUUAAAAUGCCCCACUGAACACCGGUGUCUCUUUUAACAAUGCCCUGGUCCCGUUUUCCUGCAGGUGUUGCCGUGACCAUGACACCUGUUAUGGGCAUGUUGCCUGCUACUGGUUCUAUCCCCAGCUGGUUGGGUACAAUGUGGACUGCACAGAGUCUGGAUGCACGUGCACAGGCAAGAUCUUCUUUCAUGAAACUAAUUUAUUACGUUUUAAAAGAUCUUGUCCAGUCGUCAGGAAAGUAUUUAUUUUCGCAAAUUAAAAAAAUAAAAAAUAAAAAUUUGGGAAGGGGUGGUGUUAAAUAUGUGUGUAUGUUUUAAAACAAAAAAUUUAAACGGUUUUCUUUGAUAGAUUCCCAGUUUUUCUCUCGAUGUGCCUACACCACGUGCCGCUGCGACCUUCAACUCGCCCAGUGUCUAGCCAGGUACGGCUACAACCAUACCUUCAAGAACCAUGACAGAAGUUCAUGUCACGUCCCCGUGACAACAACCGGCACAGUCACGGAAGGAACGAAGCUGCGACAACCGUAAAGACACACAUCUUCCCAACAGAAAGUGCUUUCCAUGCAGAGUUGCUGACAGUACGACGAGAAUUACAACAGCGGCACCAUUUUGGAAUAAAAAAAAUUAUAACCUCAGCAGCCAAUACACAUACAAAUAAAAAUUUAAAAUAAACUUUACAAUAAUUUACAUUGAAACUAGAGAGUAGAAUAAAUAAAUUUAGAGUAAACAAAUAUGUGUGGGUCCCGGAAAACAAAAAAGUCUCAAAGGAUGAUUUUUCAGUCUUUGAUUGGACCGGGUUUGUUGGGGAAAACAAAAAAAAGAUAUCAAAAUUACGGAAUUCAAAACUGAAUGCAUAGGCUGGUAUUUUAUUCAUACCACUCUAAAUUGACUUGGAAAUCAACUAUCUAGUCUCGCUUCAGUGUCUGUUUUCUUUGACUCUCAGUUUUAACGAAAUAAAA